AGCCGCUAUUACGAUUCUAAGCUGCAGAUUUUAGAGUCGGGAAGCAAUGGAUUCGUACUCAAAUACCUCGUCUGGAUCGUCACCUCAAUUAUCGGCGCAGGAUCUCAAAAACCAGUUGAAGAGUCAACUUGCCUUGGAGUAUGCUCAACAAUUUCUUGAGACAGUGAGAGGAAAGUGUUUUGAGAAGUGUAUCACAAAACCAGGUUCAAGUCUCAGUGGGAGUGAAAGCAGUUGCAUCUCUAGGUGCGUAGACCGAUAUAUUGAGGCCACAGGCAUAAUUAGCAAAGCGUUAUUUAGUGGUUCACAAUGAAGUGGACAACCUCCUCGGAAAUUCUUAAAAUUGCUUAACUUUUGAGAACGAAUUGGCGUUGGAGAUUAUGUGUUCUCCGUGUUUUUUCUUUUUUGUCGUCUUUAGAAAACAAUUGUGUAUGCCCCGUGAGAUUCACGGUUAUUUUAACUGUUUUUCCCCCUUAAUACUUAUCUGUUUUUAUUACAACUCUUUAUGUAUUUAUGUUCUAAUUAGAAAGGAGCCAAAAAGAAGAAGAAGAAAAAUAAUUACUGGCUUGA